AUGUCAAAUGAGAUGCAAGUAGCCCCUGAUGACUCCUGGCUGGCUGUCGUGGGUAAGGGUACGUUUACGAAGCGUAACAAAAGCCAGCACCUGCUAGCCCUGUUCAAGGCUGAUGAGAACAGCCAGCUGGUUUCGGCUGGGCUAGGUCUUCCCGACGUCUACAGCUUUAUGCCCAACAACACCGGUGUCAUUUUGUACGUCACUGUCGACUUUGGCAGGAAGAUCCAGCAGCUCAAGAUGCACAGAUUUGGCGACGAGCACCUGUCAAAUGCCGAGCAGUCAGAGGAAUACCUCAUCCAGUUGGACUUUGACUACUGGCCGUCGCGGGAAAACUGGGAGGAGACCACCGAGCUGCAAGGGAUGUGGCUGCGGCGGAUCAUAGGGCUUGAGGACUAUUUGGCUGCAGCAACGUGGCCCGAAAUGGAGGUGCCGUUUGGUGGCCUAUGUGGUUUGCACCAUCUCAGCAACACGCCCGACCUAAAGAACAAGGGCAUUCUGCAUAUGGGGCUUUCGACCCACCUACAGGAAUAUGUAGUCCACACAGCUCUUGAGCACGUUGCCAAAUUCCGUUAAAUUAUCACUCAAGUACUCGCCUUAUGACAGCAUCCAGGACUUCACCAAUGGCAAGGCAGAACCGCCAGUUCUUGUGUUUGCAAGCUCACUGAAUCCGCACUCUACUCCAUGGCAGUCGGCAAAAUGAGUGGCCAAGGUGCGCAAUGCUGAGGAAUAUUCAAAGGCAAUGCCUAAAGAUAAGGCAGACAGCAACCCGAAGUUGGUGCUCUACACAGAGUUCAACGAAACCACCCGCAUACGAGUGCCACGUGGCUUCAGCUAUG